AUGGCCACCUCAGAAGAAUUCAAACACCAUAUCGUCCAGCUGGAUGGCCAUAUUGACCUUCCUCCUCUCCGGUUUCCUCACACCUAUGAGAAAUACGUCCACACCUCACCUGCAGAACUACCCUCUCGGAUCGCCUCAGCUACAAUUGCAAUCGGAACCGCUGUCACCAUCACAAGAGCCAACUUCCUCUCUGCAUCUAAACUCCAGCUACUUUCUUGCUUAGGUGCCGGCUGCGAUAAAUUUGACCUUCAAGCUGCUAAGGAGUGUGGAAUUACUGUGACCAAUACUCCUGCUCAAAACACCAGUACUGUUGCUGAGCACGCGUUGAGCCUGUACUUCGCGGUGAAGAGGAGAAUUGUCAGUUUGGAUGAGUUUACGAAAGAGGGGAACGGAUGGAAGAAGCAGGGGAUGUGCGUGGGCGAAUUCAGAGGUGUGAUGCCUAGAGUCUGUGAGGAGGAAGUUGUUGGAAUUAUUGGAUAUGGAACAUUAGGCAAACACGUAGAGAGACUGUGCAAAGCCCUCAACAUGCACGUCCUCAUCGCCGAACGCAAAGGCGCUUCAGAGAUCCGCCCCUCCCGCACUGCCUUCGAAGAUGUCCUGCGACAAUGCACAACCCUCUUCGUCACCUGCCCUCUGGACCCAUCAACCCACAACAUGCUCUCCCACCACGAACUCUCUCUACUUUCUCCGACCUCCAUUCUCAUCAAUGUGGGUCGUGGUGGUAUUGUAAACGAACAAGCUCUCGCAACCGCUCUCAAGGAAGGAAAGUUGCUUGGUGCUGGAACGGAUGUUUUCGAGCAUGAACCUGCGACUAAGGAGAACUGUCCUUUGCUGGCUGAUGAUGUGCCGGGGUUGGUUGCUACGCCGCACAUGGCUUGGUUUUCUGCUAAGACGGUUAUUGGCACUAAGCAAACUGUUAGAGACACCAUUGAAGCCUUCGUCAGGGGAGAGCCGGUGAAUAUGGUCGUAGAUGGUAGAAAAUAG